AUGUCCAACGAUGUGGAUGAUCCUCAAGCAGAAGAAGGAUCUUAUGCAGAAUCCGCUGCUACCGGCGAAGAAGGUGAAGAAAGAGGGUUUCGAAAAUAUUGGAUCGCUGCAGUAGCAAUUAUUGUCGUUAUCAUUGUUCUUAUUAUAGUAAUAUGUAAGUCCAUUUUUCGUUAGCA